UCUGCCAUUCACGUGACGCUCCUACAGAAUGACGGAAGUAGGAAUGCGGUGUUGUAGUCUCUCAACAAUGGCCUUCACCUCGCUUUUAUUAUUUAUCUGCUCGAUUUAUAGCUGUUAUGCUCAAGUGCCUCUGCUCAUGUGGACCAGUGAUGGGUCCAACAUGCCACAUCUGGCCCAACCAGCAGCUGGUCAGACAGUAUCUGGUGGGCAGCUGACGUCUUAUCUGAAAUCUGCCUUGUCCAUUGCUCCACACAAUGUGCUGCUCUUCCUGCAGGAUGAGCUAAGUAUGGACGACUUCACCAUGUACGGUGGAGUGUUUGGCAACAAGCAAGACAGUGCCUUUUCAAAUUUAGAGUCAGCACUUCGUACGUCCUCCAAUCCCCUGGUGUUGCCAGCCCUGGACUGGUCUGCAUCACAUUCUAUCCUGGAACUCUUCCAGGGAGAGCUGGGUAUCCCAGCAGUCCACAUCGACCCCAGCACCCUGAAGGAAAUCAAGCUGAACGCCGCACAGCCUUUCCUGCUGGCCGUCCACCUCCCUUACACUGCUGGGGAUCAGACAAAGGAACUGCUUUUGAAAAAUGAUGCGGUCAUUGGAGAGGUCCUCGACAUGUUCAAAUCUCAGGAUGUGCCUUACACCGCUGUAUACACCGGCCUGAAGCCCUCUAGAGUCAUCGAGGAGACCCCUGUAAUGGCAGGGCGUUCUAUGGGCCGAUCGCUACUUCAGGCACCACCACAGGCGUCUGUGAAACCUCCACUCGUCUUCAACGAUGCAGAAGGGCGGCCCUGCAUCCUUCUGUGGGCUGACACUCUCCUCGCUACUUACAAUAAAAUUGAAGUUGAUCUGGCGAGAGACAUUUUUAAUAGUUCUACUAAUGUCACGGCUGGUUCAGUUUGCAAUGAAACUCUGUCAAGACUCGUCCUUAAUUACAGAGGCGUUCUGGGUUUGCAGUCCCUCCGGCUUAUCUUCUCUAUGCGCAAGACUUUCUUUCCCGUAUCUGCUCGCCACUGGUCAUUGAUGGAGCAGGUGGUGCUGGAGUAUGACGGCCAGAGGGCCAUCUUUAACGGCAGUGGUGGGAUCUAUUCUCCUGCAGAGUAUUCUUUUCAUUGCCAGAGCGUGAGCAGCACUCAGAGCCCCCUGCUGGUGCCUCGCAGUGCUACAGACAAUGCUACCCAGUGGACGCUGUCCUUCACUGAUUUUCAGAUCCAAGGCUUCAACGUUACUGGUGAAGACUUCUCGUAUGCCAGUGACUGUGCAGGAUUCUUCACUCCUGGCAUUUGGAUGGGCCUGCUGACCUCUCUGCUCAUGGUGUUCAUACUUACCUACGGCCUGCAUAUGAUCAUGCAGGUUCGCACCAUGGACCGCUUUGAUGAUCCAAAAGGCCCAGCGAUUUCAGUGCCUCAGAGUGAGUGAUUUGAACCAAAAAAACCAACAACCAAAAACUGUCAUGUUUAUCAAAAUUGUGAAAAUAUACUUGAUUUGAAUGUCAAAAAUGAUGUGUUUGGUAAUCAGGAAUUUACAGAUCUAGCAUGAGUAUGAGUGUUUUUAAGAGUAUGUAUAUUCAAAGACAAAUAAUAUUUUUCAAGUUUAUUUUGAUGUCUUGUAGAAAGUGGUAAAAAUUAUUUUCAUCUCUCCCUUAUUACAUUUUUAAUUUUUACUUUGAUAACACUUUACAAUAAGGUUCUAUGCAUUAAAUGUAAUAGCUAACAUGAAAUAACUGAACAAUUUUUACAGCAUUUUUAUAUAUAUAUAUAUAUAUAAGUAGAGAAUAUAUGUACUGUACAUAUACACAUAUAUGAAGGAACUUGGGUUAACAUUCAAUAUUCUAUUGUUAUAUUUGUAGAUUAAUAUUAAUAUUUAGAUUCAUAAAUGCUGCAGAAAAUUGUUCAUUCACAUUAGUUCAUGAUAUCUAAUGUAUUGAAUUGAACCUACACAUUUCAGUACAUAUACAGUGCACAUGCAUGUUUCUCUGUCUAGAAUGCAAUAACAUUUUUGACACAUUUUGCAUUAGAACAUCUUGUGCUGUUCUUUUUUGGACUACUGUUAUUUAUCUUGUCUUAUAAAUCUGGUGGUUUGUUUCUCAUAUUGUCCUAGAUUUGUAUAUGUUUGUGUAGUUGUACAUUUAAGAGUUGCCAAUAUUUAAUUAUGCCAAAUGUACAAUUUAAGUGCCUAAGAUGGACCAGUCACUGCAUGGAAAAUAAGUGCUAAAUAUGGUAAAUUAUGAAUUGUUUUUUUUUUUUUGCUAUUAGACUAAUAAAAGUGCCAAAAGUACCCAGUAUUCAUGUAUUGUCAAUGGAUAAAAUGUUUGAAUUUAUGAGAUGCCCAAAAUUGUGAACAAAUAUAAAGAUUGAAUGGUUUAUAGAUUUAAAUGUUUUUCAGUGCAGUAUAGCUUGUCAUAAAAUAUUCAAUAUGCCUUAAAUAUGCAAUUUUUAGUAUGUUUUUUGAUUUGCAAUCAUUAUUAAUCACAUCCUUUUUUCUAGUUAAAUGAUUAAACUACCACUAAAUAUCUCAAUUAAUUGCUCCCUGUAACAAUGCAAUUAGGGGUGAUAUGUUGACUCCACGUGACGGUAUUUGCAACUGAGUGAUACAGAAAGCUAUUCAUGUUACAUUUUGCAAUAGAAAUGAUCUACUAAACCAACUGGUCUUGCAAAAUGUAAUUUCACUACAUGUUUGUCAAAAAGAACCAAUGCUCAAACGUCUGCAAUACAAGAACUAAAAAUGAACAAAUGGAAACGUGUCAGUUAAUAAGAACUAUGUUAUUCUCUUUUUAUUUGUGGAAAACAUCUAGGCAAAUACAGAGUUGCAAGAGGUGGAUAUAUAAUCAGUAGUAUGUCUGCUCAGCUUUGCUGCAUCAAAGAGUCACCAUUUGGCUAGUGCAUGUUGAUAACAUUUUAAAGCAAACCUCUUAUUCUUCCCUUUCCCCUAGAAACAAACAAACAAAAAAAUGUAAUGCUCAAGAAAAAGCAAUUAGGUCUUUGUAUGUGUUUGACCUGGAGUACAUAAAAAAAUUCUGUAAUUAUUAAUAAUAAUAAAAAAUUGAUAUUGAAAGCAGUAAUAGUUAGAACCUAGAGUUAAACAACACUGGGGGGAAAAAAAAAAAAAACACCCUUGAGGAUGAAAAGGCACUUAAAGUACUUAAGCAGGAUUAGAUAACACUUACUAC